AUGAUUGCCACCGGUGGUCUGCUUAGAAUAUCAGCCAGGAGACAGGACUCCCUUCGUGCAAAAAACCGAGCGGAGAACAAGCGCAAGCGGAAAGCCAAGAAGAAGAGGAAGAACGAAGUGGUGGUAGUGAAGGGAAAGCUCAAACUGUGCUCCAUAUCAGGGCUGGUGGCAGCAGUUGGUGUCCUCAUUCUGCUGGUGGGUGUUGCCAUGGCUGUGUUGGGAUACUGGCCCAAAGAGAGCCCACUGUACCCAGGACUACAGGCUGACAGGACAAACAAGAGGGUACCAGCGUCAGCUAACAGGACGAAUGGCGGAAAACUGGUCCAUCUGUUAGAGAAUGACCUAACCAGCUCUAAUCAUUCCAACAGCACUAAAGAAGAGACACCAAAGUUAGGCUUCUUUGCUGAGUUUCUGAGUAGGCACUUGUAUUCGGACAAACUGAAGGUGUUUGGACCCCUUAUAAUGGGCAUUGGUAUCUUCCUGUUCAUUUGCGCCAAUGCAGUUCUUCAUGAAAAUAGGGACAAAAAGACCAAAAUCAUCAACCUUAGAGAUAUCUACUCAACUGUAAUUGAUAUUCACAAUUUGCGGACUAAGGACAAUGCUCCGCUAAACGGUUUUGUGAACUAUGUGCAGUCAAAGGGAGUGGAGGGCAAACCAAGCCCUCUGUACAGUUCUGCCAUGUUAGCAAAGGGCUCUUGGCCACCCAUUGGUUCCAGCAAGCAGGACCACGGAGGCUUAUCAAGGCAAUCAUCCAUUAGCAAGUUACGAGAUUCGUCUCGGGAAAGACAAACCUUCACUGACACGGUGUACAGCAUCUACAGGGAGCAGAACAGAACAACCAAGCCAGCGCCAGAGCCCAGGCAAUGGGAAACCAGAACCAUAGUGACAUCGUCAGUGAACGCUUUCACUCUUCCCAUGGUCAAACUCAACAGCAGGGGUACAGAGGACAGGAGAGGAUCAGAUAAAACCGGGGAAGUGAAAGCAUGCACGGACAUGGACGUAAUCCGCAGCCAACUGGAGUCUCUCGUGGCCUACAGGGCAGAGAGCACCACCCAGGCCAAAGUGGAGACUGCUCAGACCUGCACAGUGCUUUCCCAGGACUCAGUGGAGGUGUACAAGAGCAGCGGCAGCCUGCAGGGUGCCCCUCGUAUUUCCCUACAGGGCUCAGAGGUUCAGCUGCUCCCCCCCUCACCCGGCCCUAAGGUAACAGGCUCACAUUUGUCCCUGAGCGCCCUCUCAGACUAUUCCAGAUCCAUCGACCUGGGCAUCUGCCCAUCCUCCCCCACCGAUCGACCCGCGGAGAGGUCCCGACGCCUCAGCUGCCCGCGGCUGGAGGUACUGAGCAGUGGGGGUUAUGUCAAACUUGGGACCUUGGGCGGGGAGUCUUUUGAGUCCUCAGAAGCGGCGCCCUUCAGCCGGGCGUCGUCCCUGGAGGCUCUAACCAAGGGUCAAAUCCAAAAAGCUCCCACUCAUCAAGAAGAAAACACCUCUGCCGAAACAGAGGAUGGGACAAACAGGCACUACUCCAACAGGGAAAAACUACUGAUGGUCUCCCAGACAGACGCCACUUUGGAUGACGCAGAUUUGGAAAGCACAGGCAUUUAA